GAGAGCCCUGGGAUCUAUUCUGCUGCUGCGGGGACGCGGGCGCCGCCGAGCCCAGGGGAUCGGGGAGGCUUCGCGGGACGCGGUCGGCGAAUGGACCCGCAGCCCAGCGCCCGGAGCUGCAGCCGGGGCGCCCCCGCCUGCGAGGGGCUCCCCGCCGAGCCCCCCAUGAACCUGUACAUCCACACGACCACCGGGGCCCGCUAUGAGCUCUCCGUGCCCGGCGAGGAGACGGUGGAAGGGCUGAAGCGCCGGCUCUCGCAGCGCCUCAAGGUGCCCAAGGAGCGGCUGGCUCUGCUGCACAAAGAAAGCCGGCUGAAUUCUGGGAAGCUGCAGGAUCUGGGAGUGGUGGAAGGAAGCAAGCUGACCCUGGUGCCCACAGUGGAAGCAGGCUUGAUGUCUCAGGCAUCCAGACCAGAACAGUCAGUGAUGCAGGCUCUGGAAAGCUUAACUGAAACUCAGGUCAACGACUUCCUGUCGGGAAGGUCCCCGCUGACCCUGGCCCUGCGGGUCGGCGACCACAUGAUGUUCGUGCAGCUGCAGCUGGCGGCCCAGCAGACGGGAGGGCAGCUCCAGCACCGGCACGUCAUCGCCAGCCGGGGCGAGCCCGGGGCCGCGGCCAACCCCGCCUCCCACUGCCGGACGCUGCACGGGGCAUCCGGCUCCAACUUCGCCCGCAUCCCCGUGGUGCCCGCGUGCCAGCAGAGCCCCGCCCCCAGCCCCGCCCCCUCGGCGCAGGCGACGCCCAUGUACUGUAACGCUACCCACCCCGCCCCUGUCACCGCCGGGAUGUUCCGGUCGCACGGCGCCAGCACGCAAACGGUUAACAGCAGUGUGGUCUCCUCCUGCUCAGAGGUGGACUGCAGCGCCCGGAGCAGCAAUGCCAGUGGCAGCAGCAGCCCGGCCCCGACGCCCCGAUCCCGCAAACCCGGCGCCGUCAUCGAGAGCUUCGUGAACCACGCUCCCGGGGUCUUUUCAGGGACCUUCUCUGGAACUUUGCACCCCAACUGCCAGGACAGCAGCGGGCGGCCGCGGCGCGACAUUGGCACCAUCCUGCAGAUCCUCAACGACCUGCUGAGCGCCACGCGGCACUACCAGGGCAUGCCCCAGUCCCUGACGCAGCUGCGAUGCCAGACCCAGUGCUCCCCCUCGGCCCCCUCCUCCCCGGAGCUCGCUGCCAAAGCUACCUCAGAGACCCUGACGACGGCGACCUCCGUGGCCUCCCAGCCCCUGCACUCCGUGGUCCAGUGCCAGAGCCAAAUCCGGAUGUGCAAGCCCAGCGGGGACCGCUUGCGGCAGACCGAGAACCGCGCCACCCGCUGCAAGGUGGAGCGCCUCCAGCUGCUGAUGCAGCAGAAGCGGCUACGUCGGAAGGCGCGGAGGGACGCCCGGGCCCCCUACCACUGGCUGCCCAACCGCAAGUCCAGCCGGACCAAUAGUAACAGCAGCGUGUCCAGCGAAGGCAGCCUGGACCUGGACUUCGAAGACUCGGUGUGGAAACCGGAGGUCAAGGCAGACCUGAAAUCGGAGUUUGUCGUAGCAUAGACCCCCGGCGAGCAGACUGGACCCGCGGCGCGCCCGGGCGGAGGCUGGCGCACCCGGGGGGCAGCGAGGACUCUCGUCCCUUCGGCGGAUGGCGCCCGCCACCGCCUCCUGGAACUGGACGUCUCGGCGGCCCCCGGGCGAUGGAGUUUGGGGGGGGGCAAGACCCCUUUUUAAUUUUGUUCCUGGUUUCUACUUGGGGGUGGGGCGGGAGGGCUGCGCGGGAGGGAAGGACGGAGCGCCCCAGCUUCGACGGCUGCUGCCGGAGCGGACUCGAACACGCCUGCCGCGGGCACGCGGCGCCGCGCUUUCCGCCGGGGCGGGCGUGGAGAGCCCGGCCGGCCGGAGGGGACGUGGGGGACCGCGGCGGAUCAAAGCUGCUCGUUUAGCUGUGAAAGCCCCAAGCGUGCACAGCGCCGGCGGCCCCCCCCACAGGCUCAGAGCCUGGAGCUCGCAAUAUCCGGGGUCGGACUUUGGGGGGUUGGCUUUUCCGGGGUGCGUGCUGUGCAUUCUUGGGCCGUGUGGGGAACCCAGAUACUUUUGGGGGGCUGUUUCUUUUCCUUCCCUUUAUAUGUAGCAUUGCUCAGCUGGUGGGGGGGGGUUGUUGUUUUAUUUUAUUUUAUUUUUAAUUUUUAUUUUUUGGUUUUUAUUCGAAAUAAAUCCAGCCUUCCCACCUCCACGCUCUUAGGUCGCAAGAACCACAUGCACUUUACAGGUCUGAGUUGUGAAGUAGCGCCAAGGACAGCUUCGCGGCUGGGUUUUCUUCCCUUUCCAAGCUCUCGGGGGCCGGGCGAUGGGCGCUGGCCCUGGGAGUUCGUCCCGCGCCUCGACCCUUCUGCAUUGGAGCGGACAAUGCAGCGACCCUCUCGGGCGUUUUAUUUUGCCAGGGGCAUCUUUAAUUCUGAUUGGUUGUAGCAGCAAAAAUGGGGUUUGAUUUGAUUUUUUUUUUUCUUUUAAUUUUAUUUUCCACAGAAGGGAAUAGAAAUGGGCUUUUCCCCUCUGCUGUAGAGACCAACGUUAUCAUUUCAGCUGUUGAUCGUCUCUCUCCUCUUCUUUUCUUUCUUUUUUUUUAACUUAAAAAGGAGAAGAAAAAAAACCAUUAAAAAAAAUCAGCAGACCCAGUACUCGGUAAUGGCUGUUUUGGAAGCCUUGGGGCUAAUAUUUAUAGACAUUAAUUACCUGACUGAGCCAAUACUGACUUAGAAGUCCUCCUGUUUGGUUUUUUUCCUCGUCUGACUUCCCCCCCUUCCCUCUGCCCUUUGUCAGGAGAUCUGUGCAAAUAGAAACCCCCCGUGUGACGUGUUUUUUGUCCGUAAAAGUCCUUUUUUGUGUGUUUUUUCGGGGAGGGGUGGACGCGGGAGGGGCAGGGGAGGGUACGGGAGAUCAAGGACUUUUGAUCUUCGUUAUAUAUUUUUUUUAAAUUCCAGCAGUAUGGAUGGAAAUAAACACUUUUUUUUCCCUUUGAAAUACAAAAAGUCAUGAAUGAUCAGGAAGGAAAGUAGCAACCAAUGCGGAUUUUCUGGGAUUUUUUUUUUUUCUAUUCAAAUUUUUUUUAUGUUAUUUCCCCUUCCUUCCUCCCUUCCUUCCUUAGCAUUAAAUCCGAACCUGCAGCGCGGCAGGCGGGGGCGCGUGGUGUUCGGCUGAAGCCGGUGGGAAGCAGGGCACCGCAUCCCUUGCCAAAGGGGCUCUUGUUUGGAGCCCUCUCUGCAGAACAAAGGCCCCGCGGGCUGAACGGAGCGGGCUUUUCGAGGGGGAAAAGAGCAAAAUAAGGAACGCGGGUUGCUUCUUUUUUCCCUUUUUUUUUUUUUUUUUUUCAACCUCAAAAUGCUGUUCCCUCACCUCCCGGGCAGGCGCGCUCAUCCCAGGCAGGAGUGUGCCCGGGGUCCGGCUGGCGCGGCUUCGCCUGGGUACAUACUGCUGUAUUCCCCGCUCCCCCCAGUGCCACUAUGGUUGCCUUUUCCUUCGGCCCAAAGGAAAGACUUGAAGCAACUUUGCCACUAGUGUAUCACGGCCUUCUGCAGCUCCCUCCCCUCAUGGGCAGAGGGGCUGCGCGGUACCCCCGGGGCUGCCCCCCCACCCUUGGGUGUCCUUGUGUAGCAUAUAUCUAUCCCGCUUUAGGGCAGGAUUUGGGGGCUCCCACCCCUCCCAAAUCCCACUCCAAUCACGUGUAGCAAGAAACCCCCAUCCAUCCCAGAGCCGUCGUGGAUCGUCGUACCGAAAAAGCAUCCCCCCAGUACUGCCCCUUCCUCCGGCGUCCUGGGCCCCGUCCCCGGCGUUCCCCUCCGGUCACCCAAUGCCAUUACACUUCCCGUUCCCCCUCGCUGUGAACUUCCUUUGUUGUACGUGUUGCUGUAGUUCUUCUCUUAUUUUUUUUAAUUAUUAUUAUUAUUAUUAUUAUUAUUUUAUUUUUUAUGUUCAAACUUUUUUUUGUUUGGUUUGGUUUUUAAAAAUUUUUUGGAUCCUCUAUUUAAGUGUACUAUUUUGUACGGCGCGUGUGCAUGGGCGUGGGCCCCUCCGCCCUUCUCCACCUCCUCUCUAUCCUGGUUUAGAAGAAAAAAAAGAAAAUAGAGAAAAAAAAAAAGAAGAAAAAGCAAUCUAUAUAUAUAUACGCACAUAUAUAUAUAUAAAGGGGGGGUGGGAAAAUGAGAGGAAAACAAAGGCAAAGCAGCAUUAACGUUCUCCGGUGUGUGUGCGCGUGUGUGUGGGGAGGGUGUCCAUGUUAUAUCACCUCAUUUAAGUUACCUGUAAUUAAAAAAUGGAAAAAAGAUUAAAAAAAAAAAUCAUGGUUUAAAAAAUAAUAAACGCAGAAUAAACCCGG